UUGGGCCCACUCUCUAAUGGCUGGGAGAUCAUAAUAGAUACACUUGUCAUGAUGGGUCCUUUUGAGGUCAGCAUUGUCUGCAACGAUUUAAAUGUCUUAUAUUGUCAGGUUGUGACCAGGUCUGGUCUGCGCAUACCUGCUGGAGUUGGUGUCGCCGGUUCACGGCCAAUACCGCACCAGAUCCUUUCUGCAUCAGACAUUACCGGAUCAACAAUCUUGUCACGCCUUGCAAUGCAAGAUGCAUGGGUCCUAGGACACACCUGUAAGAUGUGGCCGAAGGACUCCGGUCUGCCGCAGCAAUCGCAUCUGAUGUCAUGUUGGGGCCGACCUCUAGCUGAUCUUAAGGCUGUGCUGACCAAGUUGCCCCUAAUCUUGAUCGCACCAAUAUAAGCAUGCCCCUUAAGAGUCAUAUUCCCCGAUGUUACCCAUUGAUGUUGCGCAGGUACCUGUGGGGCUAUCGCCAGUCCUAGCUCAUCACGUGAGCUGUGUAGUCGUUGUGCUAACACACUCCUCAGACCCUGCUGUGUUGCCACAACAGAGCCAAUUCAGAGUGGUCUGGUUUGCUCUGAGGAGUUUAUGUGCGGCCGGAGUUUCUAGCAUGGCACGUACCGCCUGGUCCGGAGAAUUAGCCAUUCUAGCAGUUCUAACAGAGAAAGACUUAAUCCACCAUCAACCGCCUUAGCAUGGGAAAAGGCGAUUGAGGUAUCCUUGUAUCCUUCAGGAGUUUAAGGCAGGACCUAACAGCAGAUCACAUAGUCUGAUGGCGCCAUUUCAAGUACUUAGAAGAUGAUAGUGUUAGAGUGAGCUGUUGGAUUAGUUUGGGAACCAGAUGACACCUAGCGAUAUACACCCUCUGUUAAGGCUUUUAAGAUUUUAUUCAGCUCCUCCUUCAGCGAUUCAGCAAUGGUCACCUUAGUACUUUUUGGUGAGAUGUUAAUGCCUGAGUACUUGUAGACUUGGCUGACUGUUUGGUACUAACUCCCCACACACCCGAAGGUACAGGUGUGGAUACACCUUCCACUUCUUUGCUCUGCCAUCUAUGUCUAACCGGAUACUCACUGACUUUCCUUGCAGACCGGUACUGAGUUCCAGGGGUUACAGCGUGAGCUGGUGGCCCAAAUCAUCAGCCAGCGCCUGAAGUCCAGCCGAGGACCUUGUGAUUAACGCAAUGUCAUCCACAAAGGCGUGGUGGUUAACUCUGACACCUCCAACUUCCGUUCCAAGCUCCGGACCAAGGCCGGCAUGUGACAAAUCAAUCACGGCAUUGAAUAAAUGGACGUUCUUCGGUCUCUUGUCUGACCCCCCGCUCAAUCCUGAUCGGUUCGCUUAGCUUGGUGCCGAUCCUAAGUCUAAUCUGUGCAUUGCUAUACAGCUCACGCAGGUAGCCCAGGAAAGGUCGUGGAAGCCCUAUGCGAGCGGCUGCAACCAAGAUAGGUUGAUGGGAUACAGAGUCGAAGGCCUUCUUCACGUCCAUAAAGGCAAUGUUGAGAGGGCAGAGGAUAUCCUGAUGGUGUUUGAUAACCGUCUGUGUAAACCAUACCGCGUCAGCUAUUCCGUCACGGGACCGGAAAUCCUUUUGGCAGAGACUGAGCGGAAGGUGCAUCUCCAUCCUUUGUCCCAGGAUCCUAUGGGAACAUCUCACCACGCUACCGGAUAUCGUAAUGGGACGAAACUCAUUAGGAGCACCUGCUCCUGA